AGCCAACCACCUUCUCAUCAUGUCACCACAACACUCGCUCGCGCGUACACGCAAGAAGCAAGCAAGCAAGCAAGCUGAGAAGAAACGAAAGGCCCAAAACCCACCACUCCACCCACACACAGCGGCAGAACAGCAUUCACCCCACCAACCACCUUCACCGAGGUUGACGAGUUUGUUGUUUGGGUACAGCAAACGAGCAAGCGACUGAGUGAGUGCGGGAGGCCACAACCAACCAACCAGCGAGCCACUCCAUCUAUCAUCCACACACGCACACAUACAUCCGCAGGCCCGCGCGAGCUGCCUCUUCCGUCUCCUUCUGCACGAGAACACGUAAAGGGACGGGCAGAUAAGGGCACACAAGGACAGAUCGCGGAGCGCACGCGUACGUCCUGCUCGACAACAAAGAAGGGUGUCCAGUCGCCUUUGACACAAGGCACAGAUACAUACCAAUACAGCCACCAGCCAUGUCCACCGUGACCAUCUCCAGCCCUCACGCUCUGAGAGGCAAGGAUGACAACAGUGCUGUCAUCACCCGCAAGGUGCAGCCCGAGCAGCUGCCACAACAAGCAAACCCUGCUGCCAACGACGAGGUGCACGCACCACUGCCACCACCUGCAUCAUCACAGCCGCACAGGCUGCAGCCGAUGCAGCUUGCCGAUACCCCGCCCCGUCUCUUGGGCAUGUCGCGCCGUCUCAUCUCCAUGUCCUGGCAGUCCUGGGAGGAAGCCACCAUCCACGUUGCCGUCCCUUCCUCCAACGCGUCGUUGCCAUUUCCGGCCACCAUCAAACGUCUUCACGCCAGCAACUCGGCCAACACCGACGCCAUGAAAGCCGCCCUCGAGGACGAGGCGCGCGUGCUGUCGGGAUUGAGACACAAGCACGUGCUCUCUGUCGGCGGCAUCUCCGCCAUUGGGGACGAGCAGUGUCUCCUCUCCGAACCCAUCAUCGGGAACUUGAAGGAACGACUGCUGCACAAACCGCAGCACACGACGUGGCUCAUCACCGCCGCAUUCGAGCUUGCAUCUGGCCUCUCCUACCUGCACAGGAGCGGCAUCCAGCACUGGGACGUGAGCACGCGGAACGUCUUCCUUGCCGCCAACCACAUGUGUCGCAUCGGUAACAUGUGCCUGCGUGACCACACUGUGCACCACGCCGAUGCUGGGUACUACACCCCAGCAUGGAACCCCAGCGCCAAGGAGUUGCGGUGGUGGGCGCCAGAGGAACGCGACACGACCACCACGGCCACUGUAGUCCACCAAUAUCAUCGUGACUGCGAUGGCGGCGAUUGCAGCCUGGCUGUUGAUCUCUGGUGCUUUGGGUUCUGCCUGUACGAACUCUUCUCCGCAGGUGCUGUCCCCUUUGUCGAGUCCACGUGGACCGAUGCAGACGUGUACACGCAGACGAUGCGUGAAAUCCAACAGGGCGCCGUCCUGCCCCAGCCGAGCAUGUGCCCCAACACCAUCUACCAGCUGAUGCUUGCAUGCUGGAGCCUUGAUCCAGCCCACCGACCAAAGGCAAACGAGCUGGUGCGUCUGAUGGAGGACGUGGAUGAUCCGGCGGAGAAGAUCCAAUCGCUGCAGGAAGAAAACUCCGCUCUCCGCGAACAGCUGCAGUCGCUGCGCCUGACACAGCCGCUGAUGUUCACGGAAAGCACGACAGAGGAGACCGACAUCACUCGUGACGAUGCAGACGCGGAUGAUGCAAGUGCAACAGAUGACGAGAAUGAAGACAGUUUCCAGACCAAGCCGCCGCGCUGCCUCGCCACUUCAACAACGGGCAGCAGUGCAGCAUUGGUUGGCCGUUCAAAGCCGACACUGGCGUCCUUCCGUCGACGCUCCAGCAUCCUCUCCCUGCCUGAGAAUACCAUCACCAGCAACGGACUGCAGGCUGUGGUGCACGCGCUCGACUCCCAGGUCAAGAACAUGGUGUUUGAGUUUGAAGGGGAGAAGUUUGGGUUCGGGGACUACUCGACUACAGACAUGGUGCCAAUCGCUAUGGACACGCCGCGCGACACGGAGACAGACGCCGUUUAUCUCGCCGGUGGCGAUGACAACGACGAUGUGGUGGUGGACGGCGACGUGGAAGAACCAGCACAGCGGGCCGACAACACGGCCACCACGACGGCCACCACCGCCGAUCACACGGCCAUCACCGCCAACAGCAGCGCCAACAGCAGCGCCAACAGCAGCGCCAGUGGUGCCGGCAACAUGGAAGAGGAAGCCAAGCAGGAGGAGGCCAGUGGCACCAAGGGCAGCGCUGUGAGCGAUGCCAGCAAACCGACAGCACAGGGUGACGAAGACGAUGGCGACAUCAUGGACAAUGAACACACGUCACCGCUGCAGCUUCUCCUCAUCCCGUCUCCACCACAGACGGACGCCAGCGGGAAUGCAACACUGGCAACUGAGCCCACCAACACCAGUGAAGACGACACAGCAGCAACAGCGACAACAGCGACAAUAGCGACAACAAUGUCUGCACCUGCACGCAUCCCCUCCGCUCCAAACCAAGUUGACGCAGGCGCACGUGGUGAAGAGUCCACAGAGUCUGAAGAAUCCUCAGCAGAGGAGACACUCGCGUUGCUCAACACGUGGGGCGAGACGGGCGAGACUGUGGACAUGCUUGAGGACAAGCAUGCCGUGCUUGCAAGCAAGCUCCACCGCUCGUGGGAGCGCCGUGAAGCACAGCGCCACCGCGAGUUUCUGGAGGCCGUGUAUGUGUAUGAGGACCAGAUUGUUGUGAACAUGAUGCGUGUGGAGGCGCGUCUGCUCGCCGUUCAGCUGCAGCCGUUCCAGGCAGAGCUGGAGAUGGCCGAUGAGGCGCUACACAGCGCUGCCCGUGAUCUGCACCGCCACGGCGACGACGCAGCAGCGACACAGCUGACCGAAGACGUCCUCACGUGGGAGCAGACCCGUUCAGAGGAUAAGGUUGCUGUUGUGGACGUGAAGCUGGCGCGCAUCUCUGCCCUGCGCCACGUGUUUGAGGAGAUGAAGGCUGUCACAUACGCCGAUUGCAUGUUUUACCCAGAGGGAACACAGAGCCGUGCGUUGGCCGAGCAGCGUUCUCGGGCUGUUGAUCAGACCAUCGACAAUCUCGACAAACGCGAGCGCCAUCUCCUCCUCCGCCGCGCCCGCAGUGUUGAGGCCGCUGCAAAGUCAAAGAUCGCAUGCCUGAAGGCCGAGAUGCAGAACACGGGCACCAACCAAGAGAAGCAGCACAUGCUGGCUGUCCUGCACGAGGAUCUGCUGCGGGCGAAACAGGAGACGUGCGAGGGGCGGCUCGAGCGCAUCCACCACCAAGUCUUCGAGUGCCGCGACCGUAUUCAAAGCAAGCCCGUCAACAAGUCCGAACACAAGCAGCUGAAACUGAUGCUGGAGCAACUGCACAAGAAGGAGCAAGCGUUGACCACCAAGCUGGCGUCAUACAACGAGAAGCUGGUGGAUGCAGAGGAAACGAGCAACAGCACAGCGCCAAAACCACGCGAUGACGCCGAGGCCAGCGCGAACAAGACAGACCAACAGCAGCAACAGCAGCAACAGCAGCAACAGUGCAUGCCACUCCACAACGGUCCGCUGCUCGCACAGCACAGGACACUCGGCACCUGUCGCCCACCAUCACGCCAGAAGGGCUUAGCACCGCCGCCGCCACCACCACCUCCACCUCCACCGCCACCAGCGGCUGCACCAUCAUCACCAUCAGCAAUGACGAAGCAGCAGAAGCGCAAGGAAUCGAAGAAGGAGAAGAAGGCGCUGAAGGAAGCGAAGAAGGAGGAGAAACGCAGGGCAAAGGAGGAAAAGGCCGCCAUGAAGAAGGAGAGGAAGCGAACAAAGUCCUCCCCAAACAAGAACAAGAAGCAGCAGGAACAGCAAAAAGACCAGGAACAACAGGAAGUGGAUGUUCCACAGCAAGAACAGCAGCAGCUUGAUGACAGCCCAAGCACACGCACCAGCAAGAAGAGCAAGAAGAGCACCAAGAAGAGCAAGAAGUCCAAGAAAGGUGUCACCUUUGACCUUCCUUCCUCCACUUCAUCCAACAUUCCACCUCCACCACCGCCCCCUCCACUGCCGCCAACACAGGCGACCGCCUCGGCAACACCAUCCCCACCACCCAGCAAGUCAACAACAAAGCCCAACAAGGCUGCCAAGACCACAGCACCCUCUUCUGCACCACCACCACCACCACCGCCACCACCGCCGCCACCGCCACCAUCGACAGCUGGUGCCUCGGCUGGGACAAUGAAGCUCGCACCAACCAAGCGGCCAACCUCAUCUCCAUCGCGGCCCACGCACACCCGCAACCUGUCCUCGUCAUCCCGACCACAGUCCAUCGUCAUGGCAGAUGCAGGCAGCAACAGCAACAGCAACAGCGGCAGUGCGUUUGGCGGCGGUGAUUUGAUGGCGGAGUUGUCUGCUGCAACGGCCAAGCGGGCACGGGCGCGGCGUGAGAGCAUGUUCCCUCGUCGCAACGAGAAUCAGGUGGCAGCUGCACGCGACAACGCCGUUCGCCGCCUCAGCCGCAUCACCCCGUCGCGCGUCCAGCGCGCAGCACAGCGCAGGCUCAGCCGUCUGCCCCAACACCGUCGCCAGCGAAGCGGUGCUGGUAACACAGCAACAGCAGCAGCAGCAGGGGCAGCAGCCAACCAGCACCAGCAGCAUGAGCAGCAGGGCAACGGCACUACCAAGGGCAGCCUCACUGCCGUUGAGGAGGAAGCCACCACCAGUCAAGUGGAAGAUGCAGCCAGGUCAACGGAUGCAAGUGGUGAUGGCGGUGUGUGGAGAGAGGCAAUGCUGUCUGCUGUGCGCGGGUUCCAGCAGAAUUCGCUGCGACGUGUGGAGCACCGGCCCUCGAUGGCGCGCCAGAAGAAGAAGACUCAGCUCGCACGAGCUCCCUCCGCACUUGGCGCUGUUGUUGACGACGCUCUGGCUCGAAUUCGCGUCCACACAAACUUGGAGUCAUCUGAUGAUGACAGCGACGGCUGGUCGGACGACAGCGGCGACGACGAACUGCUCUGAUGGCGCGCCAUGGCCGACGAUGAUGGUGAUGGUGAUGGUGAUGGUGAGAGAGGAUGAAGAUGGUGGAGUGUUGAGGAGGACAUUAUGCGUGGAGGUUGAUGGAAGGUCCACACGACUGGAUGCGUGUGCCGUUUUCCGUUUUGAGUGACAGGUGCCCUGGGGAUGGUGUUUUCGUUUGGAGCAUGCGUGUGUGCGCGCGAAUGUGAGACGGGUAUUAAGUUGCAUCAUGAUUGUGUUCGUGUGUCUUGCUGCCAGCACAGGCACGCGCGUGCUACUUGGCAGCACUCUGUGCACAUGUAGUGUGUGUGUGUGCGUGUGUGUGCGUG